GUCUACUACGUAUAUCUCUGAGCUCAAACCGACCCCGAUCCAUGGCCGCUUUCAUUCACUCUCUGGAGGAGCAAAAGAGUUCCAUUUAACUUAUUUACUUAUUACCCACCAUUCUCCUUCGCUCUACUAUUUUUGGGGCUUUAAUCGUUCUAUUUCCAGAUGAUGAACGGCGGCGGCGGCAUCAAAACGGCACUCCUCAAUCCCCAGGCAGAUUGUUUUGGCUUGAAAACUGCUUUUUUUCAUUCUACGUCUGUUCUCGACCGCAAAAGACGCAGUCAUUGGGAUUCUAGAUGCAACCACUAUACGAAGAGUUUUAGAAGGAUUAAUACAAAACAAUCAUUGCUGCGCAAUGUCAGUGCCUAUGCAGAAUUCCUCUUUCAGAGUUGGCGGGAUGAGGUUGAGGCUAAUGAUCCUUCCUCGAGUAGUGGCACUUCAUGGUUUAAAAGGCACUCAUUUAGGGGCUCUAAAAGAGACAGGAUCAACCAGAGAUCAGGGUGUUCGAGCAGAAGUUUUGAGUUUACUGAAGAUGAUCCUGAUGUUGAGACUGUCUUCCGAUCUGCAUUUGGUGGAUAUCGGUCUUAUUACUGGUCUUUUAUUAAUGAAGAGAAUCCUCAAUGGAGGAGUUCAACAAAUAACUCAAGUAACUAUGGGAGAUCUUGGACAUGGCAAUAUAAGUCAAAUAACUAUGGGAGAUCUUGGAGCUGGCAACAUAGGGUCGAUGAAGAUUAUGACUCUUUUAAUGGAUAUGAGGAUUCGGAUGCAAAUUUGGUGUCGCAUAGGCUUGCUCUUGGACUACAAGCGUCUGGUCCACUCAAACUUGAAGAUGUUAAAAAUGCGUAUCGAGCAUGUGCAAUGAAAUGGCAUCCAGAUCGUCACCAAGGUUCCUCCAAGGUGGUAGCACCACCAUGAACCCCCAAUAUCAAUAGGAUAGACAUACCAAUCUGUCAGUAUCUGUAUGCUGCAAUGCUGAAUGAUAACACAAAUGCAGGUGAUGGCGGAGGAGAAGUUCAAAGUUUGCAGUGUGGCAUAUCAAUCAUUGUGCGACAAGUUAGCGGUAAAUUAAGGAUAGCAUCUUCAUCCAAAUUCCAACCUAUUGCAGAUCAUUAAGGAUGCUGUCACGCUUUUUCUUUCAUAUCUUGAUCUCAACACUUUUUUGAUAUGAUAUUGGGACCGUCAUAUCUGAAGUUUUGGUUAUUAUUUAAUGCUGACAAUUUGUUUGGCAAGACGUAAAGAGUACUACUGUGUCCAUUUUUAUACGGUAUCAAUAAUUAUAGUAGGAAAGUUGUAUAAUUUACUGUUGUUUUUAACUGUAUCGAACUACUUAGUUUAUAACAUGUUUGAGACUAUGGAAUAAGAACAUUUUGAAAAA